AACAGGAAGAGCAUUCGUCUUUGAGUAUAUUUUUUGAAUAUUUUCAGAGUUUGACUUGACUAUCCACACGAAGCCUUACAAUGAACAGACUUUUUGGAAAAGGAAACAAGGCGCCGCCUCCCUCGCUGGAUGACUGCAUUCAGAAGGUGGACACCAGAGCGGACACAGUGGACAAGAGGAUUGCGAAGAUAGACGCCGAACUGAAGAAGUACAAGGACCAGAUGAGCAAAAUGAGAGAGGGGCCCGCCAAGAAUGCGGUGAAACAGAAGGCGAUGCGGCUGUUGAAACAGAAGAAGCAGUACGAGAACCAGUCGGAUGGACUGCGCAAUCAGGCAUUCAACAUGGAACAGACCAACUACACCACGCAGAACCUAAAGGACACACAGGCCACAGUGGCGGCCAUGAAGUCUGGUCUGAAGGAGAUGAAGAAGGAGUACAAGAAGGUGAACAUCGACAAGAUAGAAGACAUGCAGGACGACCUGGAGGACAUGAUGGAACAGGCCAAUGACAUACAGGAGGUCAUGGGUAGGAGCUACGGUGUGCCUGAACUUGACGAAGACGACCUGGAAGCUGAAUUGGAGGCAUUAGGAGACGAACUGGGAAUGGACGAGGACGCUGACUUCCUGAACGAGGCAGCCAAUGUGCCGGAAGGGGAUCCGGCUUCAUCUUCCAAACAACCGACUAGUGCCGACGGUCAAGUAGCUGUGGACGAGUUCGGAUUGCCACAGAUGCCUGCAACCUAAUUGGAACUUGUUUUUAAUUUAACUGCGCGUUCCAAAAGAAGGAACAAUUUCAUAUCUGUGCUCCCAAUUAUGUUCAUAGUCGAAUUUUACAAAAAUAGAAUUAGUUGACCUUUUUUGCUAACAAUUUGGCCCGUUUUUGAGUUGACGGCGAGUAAUAAUGAUUCAAUGCAGAAGAAAUAUCAUCUUUAAUGUGUUUCGGAGACCUUUAGGCUACUAAGAUAUCUUCGCUAUAUUUAUGAAGUAUGUACAAAUACAUUAAUCCGGGUUUCACUUCUUUUGAAAUUCGUUGAAAUAGAAAUCUAUUUUUUCAAUCGAC